AUGGAUGUUAUGGUAGCUGUCAUCAGACCUAAGCAAGGACAUUCGGGUCAAGGUUACAAACCACAGUUGUAUGAAAUACUGCUUUUGGACAGCAAAACUCCGCCUGGAGAAAAGGUGAAGCCUGCCAAGUACCUGCCCAUGUUUCAGAUGAAGGUUGGGGAAGAGGAACCACGAGCGUUAGUGCUGACUCAGGUACAGAGACUUACAAACAUCAAAGGGGAGAGGGCGCUGCAAGUCCAGUGGAGCAGUGAUGUGUCAGCAUCCCACAGAGAAUCUCUGUCACAGUUCUGCCUAUAUUUUGUCCCAGUCAGUCCAAACGAAAAAAUAAACAAAAGAUUUGCCGAUCAAGCCCAGAAUGCUCCAGGAUUUUAUCCCCUGGAUUAUGUGACUGAGGUUGUCAACAACGGGUCUAUCAACUUCCCCUCAUCCACAAAGAAACUGCUGCAGCACCUUGAGAGUUGGCUGAAAGAGAAACACAUAAGGCCAAAUGCCAUUGAAUGCAUGUUUAGAGCUGGAGCAGAGUAUCGCAUUCACUUCACAGUCCACAAUCCCGUGUUCAUUCCAAGCCGCAUCACAUCCGAUACCAACACUGGGGGCGGGGGAACUCCAGCUCCCCAGGAAGUUGUGAAAGUAGCCAAUGAAGCCUUGGCAAAAAUGUUGUUUAUUGAGAAAUGUGAAACAGUUGUGAUCAACCCUUUAUUUGGAUCCAAUUUGGAAUACAAAACAAAGCCAAAUUCUUAUGUGAUAAAUCAACACUGGCCUAGCAUACCACAGUAUGACAAGAUUAUUGCUGCUACUUUACCUGGCCCUAGUUGGAAAGUCCAGUAUCCCUUACAUAGUUAUGCUGCUGCAGGGGACAAAACUGAGGUCGAAAUUCUACUAAAACAAGGCUAUCCACAUUCCCAGCUUGAUAGCGUGAGUUGUGCCCCCAUUCAUUAUGCUGCUUGGUAUGGUUGUAUCAGUGUUGUCGAGACCCUUCUCGGCGCCGGCUGUUCUCCAAAUUUAUUGGAUGGCACAAACAGUACUGCCCUUCACAUAGCAGCCAAGAAAGGCAAUGAGCAGCUGGCCCAGUGUCUCCUGCAGUGUCCAGAUAUUGAUUUGAAUAUCAAAGACAAAGAUGGCAAGAGAGCCCUGGAUAUUUGCCUCUCUGUGCCCAACAAGACAAUGGGGCAUGAGCAGGUGGAGCAGCUGGUCAGGGAGGCAGCAGACAGACCUAACUAUACAGUAGAAGUGUUUCUCAUGGACAAGACCAGCAAGAACCUCAUGCUGACAUCAGGAUUCAGGACCACAGUACAGCAGCUCAAUGAGCAGAUGAUGAAGGAGUUUAAUCUGCCCAAAAACUAUUCAGACAUCUUCACCUUGUGGAUUGGCUCAAAAAGUUUAGAACUUCAGCUAAAAUUGGAAUAUGAGGUGGUGAAAGCCCUGCAGCAGUACAACACUCGAACUGUACACAUGCUCACAGACAGCAAAAAUCCAUCGGAGGAAGAGCCUGUCCUAACCUGGAGGCGAAAUGUUAAAGUCAGCGUGGAGAAAGAAAAACAGCUUCAACAUACAAAAGCCCUAGAUCUGCUCUUCCAUGAAGCCUACCACAACUAUAUCAGUGGUCUAUACCCCUGCAAGGACAAGGAUGCUGUCACGUUUGCUACCAUCUUGCUGUGUCUGCAGCAUCAGGAGACGACCAGAGUCAAGCCAGCACUUUCAAAUUUAAGUCAAAACCAGUUGAAGGAGCUCAUACCAGCUGCAAUAUUAAGACAUAAAGACACAAGCCACUGGGUGAACAAGAUCUCCAAGGAAUAUCCGAAUGUCAGGGACACACCACAGCAGCAACUCAAGUCACAGUUUCUCACCGCAUGCCAGAGACUAACUGUUUACGGCUCUGCCUUUUUUAUGGGAACCAUCAUAUCCCCUUUAAGGAAGGCGCCGACCUCAUGCUACGUUGGAGUGAAUGACAUCGGUAUACACAUCAUCGGCCUACACACAAAGCAAAUGGUUCAGUCAAUGGUUUACAGAGAGAUAACAUGGAAACACAUCGCAGAGAAAACGAUGUUAGAGAUCAGAAUCAUCAGGCCUGUCAACCGCAACCCGAGAGAUUCGUCAACAAGAGGUGUCAUUGAGAUUCGAACACGGCAGGCAGGUUUGAUCGACCAUUUAAUGCAACAGUUAGAUCGAAUGCACGGUGACUACUCUAACAGAUAA